UCCACCAACUCUCACUUCGUCUAUCUCAAAAAUUUUCCUUGUUUUCUCCGCUUCUCAGUUCGCAUCAAGCAUCUGUGACAAUGUCUUGCUACAAGGGAAAGUAUGCUGAUGAGCUUAUUGCCAAUGCUGCAUACAUCGGUACCCCUGGAAAGGGUAUUCUCGCUGCUGACGAGUCAACUGGCACAAUCGGAAAGCGUUUCGAAAGCAUUAAUGUUGAGAAUGUUGAAUCAAACAGGAGAGCUCUCCGUGAGCUUCUCUUCACCACCCCCGGUGCCCUUCAGCACCUCAGUGGAGUCAUCCUCUUCGAGGAAACUCUAUACCAGAAAACCGCCGCAGGCAAACCCUUUGUUGAUGUAAUGAAGGAGGGAGGUGUUCUCCCAGGUAUCAAGGUUGACAAGGGCACAGUCGAGCUUGCCGGAACCAACGGUGAAACCACCACCCAAGGUUUAGAUGGCCUUGCCCAACGCUGCCAGCAGUACUACAAAGCUGGUGCCCGCUUUGCCAAAUGGAGAGCUGUUUUGAAAAUCGGCCCGAACGAGCCAUCACAGCUGGCGAUCAACGAGAACGCAAACGGGCUGGCCCGUUACGCAAUCAUCUGCCAGGAGAACGGUCUGGUGCCCAUCGUGGAGCCUGAGAUCCUCGUCGACGGGUCCCACGACAUCGACAGGUGUGCUGAUGUCACCGAGCGUGUUCUUGCUGCUUGCUACAAGGCCCUCAAUGACCACCAUGUCCUCCUAGAAGGAACCCUAUUGAAGCCCAACAUGGUGACACCUGGCUCUGACGCCAAGAAGGUUGCACCGGAGGUUAUUGCCGAGUACACUGUUCGCGCUUUGCAGCGAACAAUGCCACCAGCUGUUCCGGCUGUGGUUUUCUUGUCCGGUGGCCAGAGCGAGGAGGAGGCCUCAGUGAACCUUAAUGCAAUGAACAAGCUCAAGGCGAAGAAGCCAUGGACACUCACUUUCUCAUUCGGGCGGGCCCUACAGCAGAGCACCCUCAAGGCUUGGGCUGGAAAGGAAGAGAAUGUUGGAAAGGCGCAGGCUGCUUUCCUUACUAGGUGCAAGGCUAACUCCGAGGCGACACUUGGAACUUACAAGGGUAGCAGCUCUUUGAGUGAGGGUGCUUCUGAGAGCCUUCACGUUAAGGACUACAAGUACUAAGUCGAAGUCGUUGCUGUUUUUCUUAGCCCUGCCUUUUUUUUUUUCCGUGUCAAUGGGGAGAGAGAGAGAGAAGUAGUAAUUGGUGACGGUUUUUGACUAGUUUUCGUAUUUUUCUCUUUAUAUUCCCAAACUUUUUAUUAGACUUGCGUGUUUUUUAAAUAAGCUUUUGAGGAACUUCGGCACUGUGAAAUGGAUGUUUGUUGUUGAACAGGCUGUUUUGCUAAAUUAUGGCUGUUAGUUCUUAUUUAAGACUUUGGCCCCCAUUGAUUGGGUGAGUUUUUCUAAUUUGAAUUUUCAUGAUUUGGUGCUAUGUGU